AUGAAUCUGAAAGAGUUCAACCAGUCUGACCGUUGUGAGCAUUUCUCCUGUCCAGAGAGAUCUGCAUCUCCUGCAGUUUAUAUCUUACUGUAUGUGUGUUCAGCUGCUGUAAUUUUACUAACAGUUUGUGGAAAUCUGCUCGUCAUCAUCUCGGUUCUUCACUUCAAGCAGCUUCACACACCGACUAACAUGUUUGUGCUCUCUCUGGCUGUUUCAGAUUUCCUUGUUGGCAUUUUUGUAAUGCCAUUAAUGUUAAUCUGGACUAUUGAGUCAUGCUGGAUUUUUGGAAAAGUUUUCUGCACCAUCUACUGGGUGAUUAGUGGUUUUCUCACAAUAACAAGCUACAAUAUUGCUCAGAUUGCUGUGGAUCGGUAUUUUGCUCUCUCAAAUCCCUUUCUCUACAUGAACAUUGUCUCUGUGAGAAUCACUUGUAUUGUAAUUGUUUUUAACUGGUUCGUAAUGGUGGUCUAUAUCUUAGCACUCCUAUAUUUCAAUGGAAACUUCACAAGUUCUGUAAUGUGUCCUGGAGAGUGUUUUCUCCCUCUGAAUGGGGUUUGGUCUGUAAUUGAUCUUCUAUAUUCAUUAAUAAUUCCACUUUCUGUCAUAAUCAUAUUGUAUACUCGAGUUUUUGUAAUUGCUAAGAAACAUGCCACUGCUAUCAGAGAGCUUAAUAAUCACACACGGACUAAAACACAGAAAAUCACCUCACACUCGAUGAAAUCUGAAAGAAAAGCAGCUAAAGUCCUCAGCAUUUUAGUGUCUGUGUUUCUGGUUUGUUUACUUCCAUAUUUUACUUGCACUAUAUUAUAUUAUUUUAUUGAACUACAGCUAGAAACCUUUCAAAAACUUUCAAUAUUGUUUUUUUGUCUUAACUCCACCAUUAAUCCAAUUAUUUAUGCUCUGUUUUUCCCGUGGUUUAGGAGGUGCAUUAAAUUAAUCAUAACUCUUCAGGUUUUUCAAAUAGACUCAGCACUUAUCAAUGUUCUUUCAUGA